CGUAUACCAUCGCAACGCCACGACCACUUUCCUCCUCGCCGCUAGCCUUCCUACCAUCUCUUAGCCUCAUCUCCCUCUUCCCUUCCUAGAUCGACGCCUCUUCCCCUCUCGAUCAGGACAACCACACCAAAUGAAGAUGACUCUAGUUUCAUCCAGGAUCAAUGGAAUCUGAUUGAAGAGCGGAAUCGAGAAAUCGAGCGAGAGUCUUCGUUUCCUGUGGUCGGCGUUGGAUUCGAGACAGCAUGUUCGAUAAAAACAUUUUCCCUUGGCGCAAAAUUAGGAAAAAAAAAGUAGCAUGAGGUACCAGACGAACUCCGGCGAAAAGCUCUGGGAUGCCAAGCAUGAGAGUCUAAGCGUUGAAAUUGAGCGAGUUAAGAAAGAAAACGACAACAUGCAUAUUGAACUAAGGCAUCUUAAGGGUGAGGAUCUCAACUCCCUUUACCCAAAGGAAUUGAUUCCUAUUGAGGAGGCACUCCAAAUUGGGCUCACCAGCGUAAGGGAAAAGCAAAUGGAAAUCUGGAAGAUGCACAAGAAGAAUACUCCUCAGGCCGACCCUAUACCACAUUGUUUUCUGGCCAGUCUGCGGCAGUGCCUAGGUUCCAUCCUUCUGGUGGUCUUCAAGGAUUGCAUAAUAUUCAUGGAAGCUUCAACCUGCCAAAUGUGCCUGGUUCGCUUGCAUCGAGAGAGGCCGCAAUGGGUGUUGUAUCAUCAGGUGGUGUUCAGCAACCAGGAGGAAGCAUUCCUAGUGGACGGUUCUCAUCAAACAAUCUUUUGGUUGCAUUAUCUCAGAUGCCUCAUGGCUCUGGUGUCACAAAUAGAAGGGGGGAUUAAUGUUGUUGGAAAUCAUGCUUUUAGUAGUAGUAACAUUAACGGAGUCACUAGGUCAAUAACUGGUAUUUCCUCAAGUUCAGCUUCUGGGAAUCGUAGUUCUGUUCCUGGUUUGGGAGUUUCUCCAGUAUUGGGUAAUGUAGGGCCAAGACUUACAAGCUCUGUAGGCAACAUUGUUGGCAGUGGUAACAUGGGAAGAAGCAUUAGUUCUGGAGGAUUAUCUGUGCCCGGUUAGCUUCACGGGUAAACUUAGCUACUAUGCACAGAGCAAGAAGGAUAACGUUGGCACCAGUAAGAAGCAUAUUUGUGUACUAUCUAUUACCUUUUGAUAUUGUAAGAAGAAUAGUUAUGUGUAAUUUGUGGAUACCGACUUGAU